UCUUCCCCCUCCUACCACGAGACAACUGUGAAUGCAGCAGGGCAAGUAGUUGUGGUGGAUGCAAUCUAUUGGCUUCUCAGUGCUGCCGCUAAAGUCACAACCCUGACUGUAGCCUGCACUGCCUUUACCAGUGUAUUUCUGUAGCUGCCGCUGCCGCUGCUGCUCUCCCUCCCCCUUAAAUGGUGUGGGCAGAGUGGGAUGGAAGACUGCAUUGGGAACCUUUUCAUGGAAAUGGUCUUUGCUGUUGGUAUUGCUGUAGCACCAUUCUGGUGACAACAACAUGCCGUUGAAAUGGAAAAGCGGUUCUCCUGUCAGCUGGAAAUUCCCAGUGCCAGUUCUUAAGACAUCCAGGUCCUCACCCCUUUCGCCUGCCUACAUCCACCAACACUCCUUUGUGGUUUGGACAGCCCACUCUCUCCUCGCUGCCUGUCCGACUUACCACCUGACGGGAUCCCUCGUGGAGGACGACGACGCUCACAUGAAAGUUGCUCUGGGCUAUGGUGAUAUGGGCAUCUCUGCUCAUCUUCAGGCAUCAAAGACUGGAAACACUCGAUUUUUCACAAGCAACACACACAGCUCAGUGGUUCUUCAGGGAUUCGACCAGCUGAGGAUAGAGGGUUUGCUAUGUGACGUAACACUGGUGGCUGGAGAUGGCGAUGAAGCUUUCCCUGUACAUCGUGCAAUGAUGGCCUCCUCCUCCGACUAUUUCAAAGCCAUGUUCACAGGUGGAAUGAAAGAACAGGAUUUAAUGUGCAUCAAGCUACACGGAGUAAACCGAAUAGGCCUGAAGAAGAUCAUUGACUUUAUCUACACGGCAAAGUUGUCGCUCAACAUGGAGAAUCUGCAAGACACACUUGAGGCAGCCAGCUUCUUGCAAAUUCUUCCUGUGCUGGACUUUUGCAAAGUCUUUCUUAUAUCUGGGGUUUCUCUUGACAACUGUGUGGAGGUGGGGCGCAUUGCAAACACAUACAACCUCACAGAGGUGGACAAAUACGUCAACAACUUUAUCCUGAAGAACUUCCCCUCAUUGCUGGGCACAGGAGAGUUUGUCAAGUUGCCGUUUGAACGUUUGGCUUUUGUACUGUCCAGUAACAGCUUGAAACACUGCACUGAGUUAGACCUGUUCAAGGCUGCUUGCCGCUGGCUCCGCUAUGAAGACGGUCGUAUGGACUAUGCCCCAAAGCUCAUGAAGAACAUCCGUUUUCCACUCAUGAACCCACAGGAGCUCAUCAAUCAUGUGCAGACAGUGGACUUUAUGCGCACAGAUAACACCUGUGUCAACCUUCUCUUGGAAGCUAGCAACUACCAAAUGAUGCCCUACAUGCAGCCAGUUAUGCAGUCAGAACGGACAGCCAUCCGCUCAGACAGUGCCCACCUGGUCACUCUGGGUGGUGUUCUGCGCCAGCAGCUAGUUGUAAGUAAGGAGCUGCGUCUCUUUGAUGAGAAGGCUCAUGAAUGGAAGGCGCUGGCACCCAUGGAUGCACCUCGCUACCAACACGGCAUCGCAGUCAUUGGCAACUUUCUCUAUGUUGUGGGUGGCCAAAGCAACUAUGACACCAAAGGCAAGACGGCGGUGGACACCGUGUUCCGGUACGACCCUCGCUACAACAAAUGGAUCCAGGUGGCAUGCCUUAACGAGAAACGUACCUUCUUCCACCUCAGUGCACUCAAGGGACACCUCUACGCUGUCGGUGGAAGGAAUGCUGCUGGGGAGCUUGCUACUGUGGAGUGCUACAACCCAAGGACAAAUGAAUGGACGUAUGUUGCCAAAAUGAAUGAGCCACAUUAUGGCCACGCUGGGACGGUGUACGGUGGUUAUAUGUAUAUUUCAGGGGGAAUCACGCACGACACUUUUCAGAAGGAGCUGAUGUGUUUUGACCCAGAUGCGGAUAAAUGGACUCAGAAAGCGCCCAUGACGACGGUGCGAGGCCUCCACUGCAUGUGCACGGUGGGCGACCGUCUCUACGUGAUUGGGGGCAAUCACUUCAGGGGCACCAGCGACUACGACGACGUGCUCAGCUGCGAAUACUACUCCCCCGCCCUCGACCUAUGGACACCUAUUGCCGCCAUGUUGCGAGGUCAGAGCGACGUCGGCGUGGCGGUGUUUGAGAAUAAGAUCUAUGUGGUGGGCGGCUACUCGUGGAACAAUCGCUGCAUGGUGGAAAUAGUACAGAAGUACGACCCCGAGAAAGACGAAUGGCACAAAGUUUUUGACUUGCCCGAGUCGCUGGGCGGGAUCCGAGCCUGCACACUCACAGUUUUCCCCCCUGAGGAUAUCUCGGGCUCGCCCUCCAGAGAGUCGCCCCUAUCAGCACCUUGAUGAGUAAAGGGGGGGAGCCCUGUUUCGCUCACACCCCCGUGACCCCACACCCCCACAACACUCCUCAACAAACACACCUUAUAGACAUUGUUUGCACUUCCUCCUCGGACAACAUCUGUACCGCAUCCCUGAGUUACCCCCACGUCCACGUCCCCUAAAGCUGUGCAGAAACCCCUCCCUGAGUGAUUUAAACCUACAUACCGACACGGUUUGGCAACCUAAUUACAUGUUAAUGUUGCAUACUCGGUAUAUUUUGGCAGGAAAUACCUUGACUUGAAAAGUGACUUUGCAAAUCAACUUUUCUACCUGAUGUCUAUAAAGUUUUCUUAUGUCUCGUUUCUUUUGGUGUUCUACCUUGAAAUGUUGACGACCACACUGACUCUCUCUUCUAGUCUAUGCCAGGUUAGAUGCAGGUGACCCCAGAGAGCAGCAGCGUAGGGACGGACGAGCUCCACGAACACAGAUGGUUUUUAACUCAGGGGUUGGCCCAGGCCCCAUCUACGUCUCUUGCAGUUUCAGUUCUUUCCUGCGAUUGGUAUGAAACUGUUAACAAAAUGGUGUUUUCUAAAUUUAAUAAACAUGAUUUUGAAAGUAAUGAAA